AUGGACGACGACGACGACGACCUCUUCGGCGACGUGCCCGCCGUGCGGCGCCCGGCGAAGAAGCCCAAGCCGUCGACGUCGCUCCUCGACAGCUUCAUGGUCGCCGACGCGAAGAAGGCGUCGCGCCUCGAGUCCCUGCGGCUCCAGAACGCGGCGUCCCGCGAGAAGGUCGCGUCGAUCAGCGAGAGCAAGGAGCCCUGCUGCGAGCCCGGCGGCGGCGCCGCGGCGCCGCAGAUCGACUGGGACUACAUCCGCCGCGGCGCGGGCGCGGCGCCGCCGCCGGCGAAGAAGCUCGUCGACGGCUCCGACGACGAGGACGGCGUCGGCGGCGCCCUGGACGACGAGGUCUACGAGGCCGUCAUCGGCGCGGCGCUGCCCGCGCACCUCGGGUCGCCGGACGAAGCGACCGCGGCGAAACUGCUCGCGCAGGCGCGCUUCGAGCUGUCGCGGGACGCGGGCGCCGCGCGCGAGUGCAAGGACAGCAACGCCGUCGCCCUCGCGGAGUACGGCCUCCUCGAGGCCUUCGCGCAGCUCGCCGCGGAGGACGACGACGCGGCCGCGGCGGCCGCCGCGGACGCGGGCUCGCCGCGGCGGCGGCCGCCGGACGCGACCGCGCGCCUCGUCGAGGCGCUCGAGGAGGCCUACGGCGCCCACUACGUGACCACGCAGCGCGGGCUCGGCGCCGCGGCGGGCCUGCGGAAGCUCGACGUCGGCGCCGCGCUGAUCCGCUGGCUCCAAUUGCUCGUCGCGUUCGACGCGCGCGACGCGGUCGCCUUCGGCGCCGCGGAGACGCUGGCCAAGCUCGCGGAGACCCACGACGCGGCGACGCGGCCGCUGCUGACGCCGGACGUCGUCACGCUCGUGCUGCGCCACUACGUCAAGGCGCCGCUCGACCUCGGCGAAGCUCUGGGCGGCGCGGGGCCCGGGUCGACGCGCGACGGCAACGCGCCCGCGCCGCGCCGCCUCGCGCGCUGCCUCGGCGUCUGGGCGGCCUGCGUCGACGCCGGGGCCGCGGCCCUCGACGCGCCGGCGCUCGCGGCGCUCGGGAAAGUCUGCGCGGGCGUCGUAGCCCCCGACGCCGCGGUCCACGACUGCCGCGGGUGCCGCGCGGCCGCGCGGGACCUCGCGCGCGCGGCGCUCCUCGCCGCGGCGGACUUCGACGGCUUCGGCGACCUGCUCGCGCCGGCGCUGGUCGAAGACGCGGCGCCGCUCUCCGCCGGCGACGCCGCGGCUCGCUACGUGAUCGCUUUGAACGCGCUCCCCUGCCCGGCCGACGGCCGCUUCGUCGCCGCGCACGUCGCCGCGGCGACCGGGGCCCUCGUGGGCCUCGGGGCGCUGGACGACGCCGGCGUUCCGCCCCCCGCGCGCGUCGCGGCCGCGCUGCACAAGUGCGAAACCUCGAAAACCGCCGAGUCGCCGUGCCUCGGCGCGCACGAGACAUUCUACGCCGCGCUCGCCUGCUGCGCGUCCCUCUUCUCCCAGCUCGCGCCGACGUUGGCGCCUCCGGACCGCGCGCUCAUCGAGGACGCGGCCCAGGCCCUCAAGCGCAAGCUCCGCAACGAGAUGGACCCCAUGGCCGCGCGGAACAUCGAGCUCCUCGACGCGCUCCUCACGGACCUCAAGCUCGACACGACGAAGAAGGUCUCCAAGCAGACGACCCUCGACUUCGCCGCCAAGUAG